AUGUCUCUUGAUGCUGCCGAAUUGGGCCCUUUCUCUUCCACUGACGAGAAAAUGUCUGAUGGCGAAACUUGCUCGGCCAGGAUACUGAGGACGCCAGGAGAUAACAAAAGGCGAUGGGGCGUGAUCCUGGACGCGGGUUCGUCAGGGACUCGAGUCCACGUCUACAAAUGGCUCAAUCCAGCCAAGGCAAGAGAGGAUGCCGAUACCGAGCAUCUACACCGUCUGCCGAAGCUGAAAACCAAGCCCGAAUAUACACACAAGAUCAGGCCAGGUGUAUCGACGUUCGGUGACAACCCAGCGGACGUCGGCCCAGAACAUCUUCAGGAAUUGCUCGACCAUGCCUUGGAGAUUGUGCCCGCGAAUCAGGUCAAGGAUACACCGAUAUUUCUGAUGGCAACAGCAGGUGUUCGAUUACUGGAACCGUUAAAACAAAAAGCUCUUCUCGGCGAGAUUUGUUCCUACGCUCAAAGGCAUACAGACUUCUCCUUACCCGAUUGCGACCUCCAUAUUCAAGUCAUCCCAGGAGACACAGAGGGUUUAUAUGGAUGGAUAGCGGCAAAUUAUUUAUUAGGAGGGUUCGAUAGCCCCCAAGCACACCAACACGGCAAGGGCCAUCACACAUAUGGUUUCCUUGAUAUGGGAGGGGCAUCAGCACAAAUUGCUUUUGCACCGAACAGCACCGAAGCCAAAAAGCAUGCCAAUGAUCUCAAGUUACUCCGAAUGCGAACAAUUAACGGAAACGCCGUGGAAUACAAGGUAUUUACAACGACUUGGCUAGGAUUCGGAGUCAACCAAGCAAGGGAACGAUACGUCGAGGCAUUACAGGCCGAGCAUUACACGACCCCCCACGAGUUGCUAGAUCCGUGUCUACCCACAGGACUAAGGACAACGUUGGCUGGGGAAGUCGUAGAAGGUGAAAGCCCAGAUACCACUAUCCUGGGGCUUGGACAAUUUGACAAGUGCCUCGCUAGAGCAUAUCCAUUAUUGGGCAAAGAUUCUCCUUGUGAAGAUGAGCCUUGUUUACUACAUGGGCAACACGUACCGGCGAUCGAUUUCGAAGUCAACCAUUUUGUUGGAGUUUCGGAAUAUUGGCAUACAACACAUGAAGUGUUCGAAAUGGCACAUAAAGACAAAGCGUACGAUUGGGCAACUUACCAACGUAUGGUGAAGGAUUUCUGUAGUGAAGAAUGGGACGACAUCAAGGCCAAUGUUGCAGCAAAGAAAUGGGGCAAGAAAGUGGAUGAGAAGACAGCACAAGAGGUUUGUUUCAAGGCCGCAUGGUUAAUCGACAUUUUACAUGACGGAAUUGGGAUACCCCGUGUUGGAAUCGAAAAGAGCGCUGCUGGAAUCAGCUACAACCGCACGAAAGAAAUAGGCGCGCACGCCAAAGACAAAGGAUUCCUCGACCCCUUCCAAGCCGUCAACAAAAUCGACGACAUGGAAGUCUCCUGGACGUUAGGGAAAAUGGUCCUCUACGCAGCAGGUCAGAUCCCCCCUUCGGGUGAAAAUCUGCCCGUCGGGUUUGGCCCAAAUCUAGGCCUAGGACCCUUCCAAGAAGCCGGCUCCAACUACAACCCCGUCCCCAUCGGCGACGACGACGAAUCUUGGUCCGAAGUCGCCGAGGACAUGGCCGAGAAAGCACACUCGAGAUCAACACCAGGCUUCCUCCUAUUCAUGUUCACGCUCAUCUUCCUCUUCUACAUUUUCCGGAAACGAGAGCGGCGCCUAAGACUCUACAGAGGCAUCAACGCCACGUUCCGUCGCUCUCGCCGUCCUGGGUCGCCUCGCAAAGGAGGACGCGGAUUUUUCUCUUCUAGUAAACUGUUCGGUAGGAGUUCAGGGAAUUAUGAACGGGUACUUGAAGACGGGAUGCAAGCUCAAGAUUUCGAGCUGGCGGAAGCGGAUUCGAGCGAUGAUAACGAACACUCCGAUUCCAGCGAGGGGUCCCGAAUUGGGAGAACAUCUGGCUUGGCGACGCCGAAAAUGAAUGUUGUUAACUUUGACUCGGCGAGUUACUUUGACGGUAGUUCGCAGAUGGCAGCUCAGAGUGUGGGGCUGGGACUUGGCAUGCAUCAGGGCGGCUUGAGUGCUAUGGAUAGGAGCGGAUUGGUGGUCCGGACGGAGAGCCGAGAGAGGCUGCAGAUGCUGGGUGCAGGACGGAGGAGUAGAGCGGGCAGUCCGACGAGGAUGAAAAGCCCGCUUAUGACGCCUUUGGAGGAGGUUUAA